UGCUCUCCAGCGCCGCCUGCAUGCAGAAGGAGCAGCUCGUGACGGAGGACGGGUUGAUGAACCCGCAGCUCUGACUUCAGGUGGAGUCCGGGACACGGAGUUUCCCGCGGGAUCAAACAGGUGACCAGCGCUUCCAACUUCCCGCGUGUCUCAUCCUGGAGAAGUGCGUGACAUUUUUCUGCUGGGGGCGCGUGCGUCCAUGGCCACAACUGUGACGCAUUUGCAGGCGGAGAAGCAGCAGCGGGCUCUGAAGUGUCCGACAGCCCGACAAGUUCCCGCGCUGUUUGGCAUGCCGGUCACGUCCUCCCGGGGUAACUCGCGCGGCUCUCAGUGGCGCAGAAGUUCCUCGGAGCGGCAGCGGAAGUGACCGCGGCGGCAUCAGCAGCAUUCGUGCGCGGAGGCGCCGCUGCGGCUCGCGGGUCUCCUCCUCCGCGGGAAAUCCCGCUCCUGAACGCGCAGCUGCGGAAACUUGUCCAGGCUCGAGCCGCUGACGCUGCGCUCUGCGCCCGGAUGGAUGCGCGCCUCACGGGGGGGUGAGAAGCGAAGGGACACUGCAGCCCCCGUCCGGUUAGAAGACCAAAAUGGAUGCUUACAACGUGCUCUGGCGACGCCGUGGGAUUAAACCGGCUUCAUCUAAUCUGCUUGACGUCUGAAGGGCGCCAGAGUUGAAAGUUUGGAUAAUCUGCGGGUGGAAGGAUGCAGGCUGGAGCCAGGACGCUCUCCGCAGGUGGAGGUGCGUCACUCUGCUGCCUGCUUCUCCUCUGGCUCAUCUACUCCCAUCUGCUCAGAGAGGGCCAGUUGGCGGUGGGAACCUGCGAGAUAGUGAUGCUGAACAGAGACAGCAGCGUUCCCAGACGGACCAUCGCCCGACAGACGGCCCGCUGCGCCUGCCGGAGAGGCCAGAUCGCAGGCACCACCAGGGCCCGGCCGGCCUGCGUGGACGCUCGAGUCGUGCGGAGCCGCCAGUGGUGUGAGAUGGCCCCCUGCCUGGAGGGGGAGGUCUGCAGCCUUCUGUUCAACAGAUCCGGCUGGACCUGCACCAGGGGCAGCGGCCGCAUCAAGACCGUCACGCCUUUGCCCAAGGAGCCGUCGUAGGAUGCAGAGGCGGAGCGGCAGGUUCUGACAUCUCUGUUAGAGGCCGCUCCACCACCUGAACAUUUGCCAAUGAGCCUCCAGCCUUCACCCUUUUGGCCCCAACAUCUGUAUGAAAACAGACUCAGAGAAAAAGAAACCUCAAGGUCCACCAGCGGCACAUCAGAGCCCCCACACCGAAACCUGAGAGGACCCUCUGAGGAGUCUCUCGUCAAAUGGAGCAGCUUUCACAGGUUCUAGUGUUUGGUGUUUCUCUGUCCUUCUUUUGUCAGCCUCUGGUCUCUGGGAUGCUGACUCUUCUGAGGAGUUUUUGAUUCCGUAGUGACUUCCUUCAGACUCAGAAGUCCCUCAAAAGUUCAUCUUCUUUAUUGUCAGCGCUCUGAAAGCAUCUCAGCUCCAGCCAAGGUCCUCCUGAGACAGUUUGCUGCGACAGACGUCACUGAGGUCGAUCCAGAACUCUCUCUCCAUUGUCUUUGUCUUCUAAGAGCCGUUGUAAACCUGACGGCCACCUAGUGUCCGCUCUUACACGAGGUCCCUGAACGCAUCAGGAAAGAUGAUCCUUCAGAUGAAACGUGGACUUUUGGAAGAUUAGGAUUCUGUUUUAUGGAAGUGGUGCCAGUAUAGACUAGAUGAGUCAUUUCUGUCAAUGCACCUCUCACUUCUGAACCCCCCCACCCGGCUCAUUGUGGUGUUUGUGCGUGUGCGUGUGCGUGUGUUUGCAUCCAGAAAGACACUGUGAAUUUAGUCAUACCAUUUCAUCAGGCAGACCUUGUAUAUUUUCGGGACACGCUCAGACAAGAUUAGUUUGGGAUUUUACAGAUGUUUGACCUUCUUUGAGUUUUUCUUUUUGCCUUCUUUCAACAUUUGGAUAUAUUUAUAACGUGGGGAAUUACUAUGGAAACGGGAAAGGUCAUUGUCUGUUAUGUAAAUUAAAUUCUGUAAUUAAACUUCAUUUAUGUGUGGUUA